GUCAGGAGUUUAUAUGAACCCGGUUUAACGGUUGGUUCGAAAGUUUCUAAGCGAACAUUUAGUCUUUUGUUUUAUUAUUUUGUUUUGUGAUGCGUUUUAACAUGUGAAUGUCCCAGCAUCACCAUGAGCUCCGACAACAUUCAAGUGGCCAUCAGGGCCCGACCCUCGAUCGAAAGGGAGGUCAAGAAAAAGUUGGGGGACAAUUGGACAAUACAAAAAAAUAUUAUUUUUCAAGUCGAUGAUAACGGCGUUAGAUGCAAUGAGCCGUAUUCGUUUGAUUGUAUUUUCAAUGUUGACAAAACCAAUAAGGAUAUAUACAACACUUCGGUGAAGCCUCUGAUUUCCUCAGCCAUGGAGGGCUUCAACUCCACUAUAUUUGCUUAUGGACAGACAUCAUCUGGAAAGACCCACACCAUGUUGGGCUCUGAGACUUCCCCUGGGAUCAUGCAAAUAGCCGUAGAAGAAAUAUUUUCCAUAAUAAUGAAUAAUUCUGACAGAAAGUACCUUAUUAGGAUUUCUUAUCUCGAAAUUUAUAACGAAAAAGUGAAUGACUUGCUGUGUGCUGAGCAUACUGACAUGAAAGUAAGGGAGGACAGAGAUGGAAAUCAUUUUGUUGAGUCGAAGGAAGAGGUUGCAUCCAAUCCCAGUCAAGUGUUCGCACUCAUGAGACAAGGAAAUAAGAAUAGGAAAGUUGGAUGCACUGACAUGAAUGAGAGGAGCAGCAGGUCCCACACCAUUUUCAAAAUUAUGAUUGAGGCAAAAACGAGCGCCUUACAGUCCCAUGCAGCAACUGUUUCCACCUUAAACUUUGUGGACUUGGCUGGAUCUGAGAGAAUUUCGCAGACGAAGGCAGCUGGAGUCCGCAUGAAAGAAGGCGUCCACAUUAACAAGUCGCUUUCGACUUUGGGAAUGGUUAUUCGUCAGCUAAGUGACCAGGAGAAGUUUAUCAGUUUUCGCGACUCAAAAUUGACGAGGCUGUUGCAACACGCACUGGGUGGCAACGCCAAAACACUGGUUAUUGCAACGAUAACUUUAACGUCCGUCGAGGAAACUAACUCAACGCUUGCGUUUGCACAACGAGCUAAGGCAAUUAAGAAUCAACCCAUCGUUAACGAGGUGAACACCACCGACCAAGUGCAGGCGGAAUUGUACGCCUUGUUGAAAUCGGAAUACGCAGAGAAAAUAAGGCAGCUAGAAUUCAACAAUAAGUGCCAAAUAGAAGAGCUUCAGCAGAAGCUGAAUGCCAUUGCCUGCUUCGAGGGAACCAGGACUGAGAAUCGUAGACGUACAUUCUCCGCCUUCGAUUUCCCCAAAGAAACUAGCGCCUUACCCAUUAUCACCCCCGUUAUGAAGUUAAAUCGCUUCGUAAAAAGGCAGCCGCUUCCAAUCAUCAACGAGAACAAACCUUUGAACGUCACCGAACAGGACUCCGAUCUCGAGACCACCGUGUCAAGCCGACUAUCCGUGUCCGAAGAAAGCUUGUGCCAAAAGAACACGUUGGACCCCAAAGUGGAGCAAAUUGAGGAGGAGCUUGGAUCGAAGGAAGAACAGAUCCAAGAGUUGAAGGAACAAAACUCGAAAUACAAAGAAGAAAUGGAAAUACUCCAAGCCGAAUUCGAUGCCAUGAAACAGAAGUACGAGGCGACCCAAGAGGAAUACUCCAACUUCAAAAUUCAACAUUCCCCUAAUUUAAAACAAAGAUACGAAGACCUGGAAAACUCCUACGUAAGUUUGAAAGAGUUUACCAGGCUAGAAAAACACUGCCGCGUUUCCAUUUCCGGACCGGAGGAGGUGUUGCAAGCUCAAGUAACUGAACUUAAGGCCGCCAAUGAGGAGCUCCAACAGAAGCUGGCUGCUAGUGAUGAAGAGGUGACUAACUUGAAGAAAUCCAACAAUAAACUAGAACGUUUGAACAAGACCUUGGACACCGAGAAAAAUAAGUUAGCUGAAAUUAACAACCAGUUAGAAACAGACUUCCAGUUUCAAAGAGACCACGAUCAGAAAGUGUUCAAGGAUAGAGAACAGAUGCUUCUUAAGCGUAUCGAAGACAUGGAGAGCAAAGGUGUACAACCUAAGAGAGAUAUUGGAACUGGAAAUAUCACCGAACUGCAUCAGCAGAUCGUUGCGCAGAAGCAGGAGAUCAAACGGCUGCAGGACGUCGUUGCGAUGAAAGAACAAGAGAUCAUUGAGAAAAACAUACUUAUUUAUGAAUAUGAUGAGAAAAUGCUUGAAGCUGUCGAGCAAAAGUCCAUCGCGGAGCCAGGUGAGAUCAACUUUGAAGAAUUAUCUAAUAAGUUGCAUACCUUACAAGAUAUUUUAUUAGGUAUGCCUGCGACUGGCGGAAACUUCAUGGAAACACCCGAUAAGACUAAUAACGAAUUGAAUAAAUUAACCCUUUCCAUUUUUAAUUUGGAGCAAGACCUUGACAAAUAUAAAAAGCAGCUAUUGGAUAAAGAAAUGGAAAUAAAUGGGUUAAUUGCUACCAUUAAAAACAAGGAUAGUGAAAUUGCCCUUAUUAAAUCCGAGAAGAAAACGAUUGAAAAAGAACAAUUGGAUAAACUUGAAGAAAUAAAACAAAUGAAUGGUCAACUUGAAGAACUACUAAAGGAGAAGGAAAUUAUGAGAAACCAGCACCUUGAUGAAAUUCAGAAAAUAACUCAGGCAAAGAAUGCUUUGAUCCUGAAAUACGACACGCUAUUAAGUAAAUACAAGCAAACAAUAGACGGUUGGGAGAUGAUUAAACAAAGCCAGAGUGAAGAAUUGAUAACUCUGAAUGCCAAUAUCAUGAAUAAAGAGAAGUGGUAUCAAGAACAAGAGCAAGCAAUUGGUCAAUUGAAAACUGAAAUUGCUGACAAAAUUAAGGAGUUGGAGGAAAAUGGCUCGCAAAUUGAAACGAUAAAGAAGGAGCGUGAUGAACACUUAAAAACUAUUGAGGAAUUAAGGGCUGAAAUUGUUAAUGUAACUAAGGUUUUGGAAGCAAGGGAAACGCAAAUGAAAACUAUAAGUCAGGACAGUUAUGAAAAGGUGCAAAAUAUUGAUAAAUCAAACGAUGACAUUAUCAGGGUGACUCAGAUAUUGGAAGAAAAGGAAUCUCAAAUGGAAAAGAUGAGGCAGGAGAAAGAUCAACAUAUUGAUAAACUACAAGCUGAAAUUAUUAACAUCACUGAGGUGUUGAAGGAGAAAGAAUCGCAAAUAGAAAUUAUAAGACAUGAAAGUGACGACAAGGAAAAUAAUAUUAGUAAAUUAAAGGAGGAAAUCAUUUCUAUAACAAAAAAGUUGGAGGAGAAGGAAUCACAAAUGGUAAUAACGAGGAAGGAAAAUGAUGAGAAGGACCAAAAUAUUGAUGGAUUAAAGGCUGAAAUUAAUAAUGUCAGUAAGAUGUUGAAGGAGAAGGAGUCGCAAAUAGAAAUUAUAAGGCAGGAAAGUGAAGGAAAGGAAAAUAAUAUUAGUAAAUUAAAGGAGGAAAUCAUUAUUACAACAAAAGAGUUGGAGGAGAAGGAAUCGCAAAUGUUAAUAAUGAAGAAGGAAAAUGACGAGAAGGACCAAAAUAUUGAUAGAUUAAAGGCUGAAAUUAAUAGUUUCAGUGAUGUGUUGAAGGAGAAGGAGUCGGAAUUAGAUAUUAUAAGGCAGGAAAAUAAAGACAAUGAAAAUAAUAUUAGUAAAUUAAAGGAGCAAAUCACCUUUAUAACUAAAGAGUUGGACGAAACUAUGUUGGAAAUCAAAGUGAUAAGGGAGGAAAAUAGCCAAAAUGUUAAGAGUCUCAAAGAAAAGGAAAACGAAUUGCUUGCUUUGAAAACUAGAAUGAAGAACUUAAGCAAAUACGAAAACAAAAUUACGUCUCUCACUGAUGAGCAUAAACAACAAGUCCAUGCUUUAGAAAUAUCUUACAAGGAACAAAUAAACUUACUAUCCAACAAAAUUGAAGAUAAAGAUUUGGAAUUAAAAGAAGAACGUGUAAAAUAUGAGAAUUUGCUAAUGAUAACUGAAGAGCAGAAGCAGGAUAUUCUGAGGACACGUACGGAAAUAUCAAAAAUACAAACAUAUGUGGAAGAAUUAACCGAAAUGCACGCAAAUUCGAACGAAGAACGCGCAAUGGAAAGAACGGAAUUGAAAGAUCAACUGCAACUGUUCGCACAGGAAAAUGAAAGUCUGGCUAAGUCUUUGGAGGAAAGUAGCAACUCAAUCAUGAAGGCUCAGGAUCAACAUUGCAAACAGAUCAACGAACUUCACAUGAUGAUCCAAAAAUCGGAGGAAACGAUUUUGGAAUUAGAAAACAACUUGAUACGUCUGAGGGAAGAAAAUCUUAGUUUGACACAUACCAUCAAACUGAACGACAACAAAAUCAGUGAACUGAAUGGCGAAAUUGAUAAGCUUAUGCACCAGACAAAUGGUGUAUACGCACAAAAUCCAUGUGUUGGGAGUUUAAAUAAGCAUGUCUUGGACAAAGACGUAGAAAUUCAAAAGUUGCGGAGUCAAGUGGAAGCAUUGUCGAAAGAAAACAAAACAAAAUUAGACGAUAUGGAACGACGAGAGCUUGAAUGGAUUCAUGAUGUUGAUGAGAAAGACCGGGAAAUUUCAGAAUUGAAAACUGAAAUUGUUAAUUUAACUAGGCAAAUUUCAACCGAAGAAUUGACUCUGCUGUGGGAAGGAAUGCGUAUGAAGGACCAGAAACUACAAGAACUGGAGAAUAUUAAUAAGCAGUUGGAGCAAGUGGCUGCCGAAAAUGAGAAGUCCCUUCAAGCAUCAGUAAUGAAAGAAUCUUUGCUACAGCAACAAAUGGAAGACCUGAAGGCUGAUUAUGAACAAAGGAUGGAACAACUGGAGAAGGAGGCGCAAAUGGAGCUCAAUGUAAAAAUGAACGAUCUCAACAACUUGGAAAAAGUUGCAGCUACAAAGGGCAAAGAAUUGGAACAACUGAAGGAACAAAAUUACCGCAAAGAGAUUGACGACCUGAAUAAGCACAUGAACAGAAUCAACAAGGUAAAAGAAAGCUUCAGCAAUCUGUUCACGGAACUGUUGGCGUGUGUAAAGAAGAGCGACCUGGAAAUCGAGAACCUAAUAAGCGAGUCAUCCAUUCCCGUGGACGUCAGCGAUGCCAAAAUACAAGUCCCAAGCCCCAACCAGAAGUCACCGAGGGACGAAGUCAAAGCGAUGCAGGCCAUCAUCAUUGCGACCCAAAACGUGCUCGGCAAACAAAACCGAUUGGCCAAAACACUGGCCGGACAAAACAAACAAUUGUGCGCCACCAUCGAGAUGAUCUACGAGAAGUUGGAGGAAACCAACGACGAAGUGACCGACUUGCACAACGCACUGGAAACCAAACAACUGGCCAAUCGCAUGUUGAACGAGGAAAACGAAACGUACAAGUCCGACAUGAUGCUCACCCUGAACAGGAUGGAAGAAACCAUUUUGCAGAAUACCGCCCUGAACAAACACAUUGAGCACAUCAACAGUUGCAUUGCAAACUUCAAAAGCAACGAGAUUACGUACACCCAGAAGAUUUCCGACAUGUUGGCCAAGCUGGAUGCCAAGGAGGCGACGAUCAUCUCUUUAUCGCAACAAAACAACGACCUGGAGAACCACCUUAAGAAGGCGAGGAACGAGAAAAAGAAGCAAAGAGAAGAACUCGACACUCAGCGUGAAACGAUUGCCAAAUUACAGAGCAAUAUACAAAGCUUGCAGACAUGCAAGCCGGUCAGUUCGGACAAGGCCCGUGCCGACAAAUACUUCAAGGAAAGUGUCGAUUUGAGCAAGAAGCUGAUAUUGGCCAAUCAGUGCGUCAGCAAACUGAAUUGUGAGGCCGAAAACCACCAGAUCGAGGUGAGCAAAAUGGCCAAGCAAAUACGAGACUUGGAUCAAAAGGCCAAAUCCUACAAACAGAAGUACAGUGAGCUUUUAAUCGAGAUAAAUGACAGGGAUAACAAGUUGGAUGAACUCUUAAAGAAAUAUCAAGAAGCCGUUGAAAUGAUAACAGUGAUGAAGGAGAAGAAGAUGAACACCAGCCAGUUGAAGGAAGAGCCCAGACCUAGGUCACCUCAGGAGCUCAGAAAGUUGAAAAGGCAAUCGUUGCAGGAUAAAUGCAGGAAUGUGGACUCUUGUGAGAUUUGUAAGAUACAUGAAGAGACAAUUGAGAGGAGCAACAAAGACAUUGAAAAAUUGACCAAAGAAUGCGCCUCUAAAGAUGAACAGAUUGGGAAAUUACUCAAGCAGGUGGAUCAUUUAGAAACUCUAAUGAAUGAGGAGAAUGACGAGAUUAUAAAAUUACAAAAUCAGUUGUCAUUGUUCGAGGGACCGACUGUGGAUAAAAUAAAAGAAUUAUCGAAGGAACUCCAAGAAACCAAAGAUGAGUUAGUCACAACUAGAAAGAAAUAUCGAGACUCGCUGCUCAAUAUAAGGGACAAAGAUUUCAACAUCUCUCUAUACGAGAAAGAAGUUCAGCAAUUAAAGAAGAAGCUGAAGGAAGAUUCCAGAUCUAAGCAAUUGUUGCAGGAUAAAUACAGAAAUGUGGACUCUUGUAAGAUUUGUAAGAUACAUGAAGGCACCAUUGAAAGAACCAACAAAGACAUUGAAAAAUUGGCCAAAGAAUGCACCUCUAAAGAUGAACAGAUUGAGAAAUUACGCAAACAGAUAGAUCAUUUAGAAACUCUAAUGAAUGAGGAGAAUGACGAGAUUGUAAAAUUACAAAAUCAGUUGUCGGUGUUCGAGGGACCGACUGCGGAUAAAAUAAAAGAAUUAUCGAAGGAGCUCCAAGAAACCAAAAAUGAGUUAGUGAUAACUAAAAAGAAAUAUCAAGACUCGCUGAUUGAUACAAAGGACAAGGAUACCAACAUAUCUAUGUACGAGAAAGAAAUUCAGGAAUUACAGCAGAAGCUGAAGGAAUUUAAUUUGUUAAAGAUGGAUACGGAUGUGUUAAAUAUAGCAAUUAAUUUACAUGAAAAUAUUCAGUUACUUAAAAAUGACAAAGUCCCUGAAUGGCUACUGGCCAGGAUAUAUACAGUCGAAAAGUCAUGUGCUGAUAUAAAAGAUUACCUCAGCAAGAACUUGAUACAAAAUUCUACUGUUUUUCAUAAACUGCAUACAAAGUACAGACAGUUGGAAAGUUUGGCAAGAUUGCGUCGAAGUGAGAACAUUGAACUGAAGAAGAGAUUGGGCAUUCCACCAGACGAUCCUGUCGUAUAAUUUAAUUUGUCACAUUAGUAUUAUUUGAAAGAACUGUGAUAUUUCAGUUUUAAUUUUGUUCUAAAGUUUAGUAUUAGUACAUGUUUAUUACUGAUAAAAAUAAUUAAUAAACGUUUCUUCAUA